AUGGGCGUUUACAAAUGCCGUCAUAUGACCACAGUUCCAUUUCAAUUCGCGCUAAAAUCGCGAAACAAACUGUCCUCUUUUGCGAAACACUCGUUAAAUUGUAUUUUUCUUGCUUCUUCUUUCUUUCUAUUUUCUUUCUCUUUUCUUUUCUUCUUUCUUUCUUUUCUUUUUUCCUUUCUCUUUCUUUCUCUUCUUUCUUUUCUUUUUCUUUUUUCUAUUUUCCUUUUCUUUCUUUCUAUUUUUCUUUUUCCUUUUCUUUCUUCUUUCUUCUUUUUUCCUUUUUCCUUUCUUUUUCUUUCUUUUUUCUUUCUAUUUUCCUUUCUCUUUUCUUUCUUCUUUCUUUCUAUUUUCCUUUUCUCUUUUCUUUCUUCUUUCUUUCUAUUUUCCUUUCUCUUUUCUUUCUUCUUUCUUUCUAUUUUCCUUUUCUCUUUUCUUUCUUCUUUCUUUCUAUUUGUCUCCUUUCUGUCGGUUUUUCAUUAUAUAUUUCUGUCUAGUUUUCUUUAUCCGUUAUUUCUUCUUUAUUUUUUCUUCCUUUCUGUUUAUCUUUCCUAUUUCUUUCUCCUUUCUUUUUCCUUUAUUUCUCCUUUAUUUCUUCUUUCUUCCUAUUUGUCUUUCUUCUUUCUUUCCUAUUUCUUCCUAUUUCUCUUUCUUUCUACAUUCCGUUUUUUUUAUUCAAUUUCUUUCUCCUUUCUUUUUCCUUUAUUUCUUCUUUCUUUCCGUUUUUCUUUCCUAUUUCUUCCUAUUUUUCUUUUUCCUUUCUUUCUAUUUGUCUUUCUUCUUACAUUCCGUUUUUCUUUCUUAUUUCUUUCUCCUUUCUUUUUUCUUCUUAUUUGUCUUCCUUCUUUCUUUCUGUGUUUCUUCCUUAGUUUUUCUCUUUUCUUUCUAGUUGUAUUUCUUCUUUCUUGCUGUUUUUCUUUCUUAUUUCUUUCUAUUUUUCUUUCUUUUUUUUCUUAUAUUCACUUAUUGUUUACUUUCAUUUUUUUUUUUUUUUGUCCUUUAGUUUUUGUCUUUCUUCUUAUUUUUCCUUUUCUGUCUAAAUGUUUCGGAUGA